AUGGCCGACACCACCAAACCAUCCGACACCAACAUGAGCGGCGGUCAACCAGUACCCAAGGAUGGCGACGCAUCCUUGGCCGAGCACAAAGAUGCCGUUCCCAUGACGAACCUUCCCCAGACCUCUUCUACCGAUACCGAUACCGCCGCAGACACAACAGCAAAGGCCCCAUCAUCAGACAAGGGGUCCAGUGCCGUCGCCCCGACACUCCCAGAAAUACCCACCACCGAAGAGUUAACGAGCGAUGGCAUUGCCAAUGCAGUCGAGCCAACGACCAAGGGCAAGGAGAAGCAAUCCCCAUCGCAACCCGCCGCUUCAAGCCAAGACGACACCUUGGCAAUUGGUCCCUCAGUCGAUGACGUGCAGUCCAUCACCGUCUCACCAAGCGACGGUCCCGUGUGCAAUAUCACCCUACUUUUGACGACAGGAGCGAGGCAUCCGUACAAGCUUGACGAGAAGUACCUGACAAAGAGGAACGUCAACGUUCCUGGGUUGACGGAAGCCGGAAAGAAGGACCCAUUCAGCAUCAGCGUCUACACGCUAAAGGAGUUGAUACUGCGGGAGUGGCGUGAAGAGUGGGAUCAAAAACCGGCCAGCCCCAGCAGCAUACGGUUGAUUCAUUUCGGAAAGUUGUUGGACGACAAGGACCAGCUUAAGCAGUACCACUUCAGCGCCGAGACGGCAAACGUUGUUCACAUGACAGUCCGGCCUGCCGAUAUUGUCGAGGAAGAAGAGCCCAAGGGAGGCAACAAAUCGGCAUCGGGCGGCAGCCGCUCCAGAGAGGGCGGCGGCGGAUGCUGUGUAAUCUUAUAG